AUGGCUCCAGGAGUACCAGUGGACACCCUUACUUGUAGCAGAAAGUCACCUACUCAGAAAGCAGGGGACAAGAAGAGGGCCUACGUGACAUUUUUAGCAGGUAACGGUGACUAUGUCAAAGGGGUAGUCGGACUGGCCAAGGGUUUAAGGAAGGUGAAAAGUGCAUACCCUCUUGUGGUAGCAAUGUUGCCAGACGUUCCUCAAGAACACCGUGAGUUAUUAAGGUCUCAGGGAUGCAUUAUACAAGAAAUAGAGCCCAUCUAUCCACCAGAAAACCAGAUUGAGUUUGCAAUGGCCUAUUAUGUGAUCAACUACUCAAAACUCCGUAUAUGGAAUUUCGACUACAACAAGAUGGUUUACCUUGAUGCCGACAUCCAAGUGUUUGAAAACAUCGACCAUCUAUUUGACACGCCGGAUGGGUACUUUUAUGCUGUAAUGGAUUGCUUCUGUGAGAAGACGUGGAGCCAUUCCCCCCAGUAUUCAGUUGGGUAUUGCCAGCAGUGCCCAGAGAAAGUAAAAUGGCCUGCUGAGAUGGGUUGUCCACCUCCCUUGUACUUCAAUGCGGGGAUGUUUGUGUUUGAACCUAGUCAUUUAGUUUAUGAAAGCCUUCUUCAGACUCUCGUUAUUACUGCACCAACCCCCUUUGCGGAGCAAGAUUUCCUAAACAUGUUCUUUAACCACAUGUACAAGCCUAUUCCUCUAGCAUACAACCUGGUUCUAGCAAUGUUGUGGCGUCAUCCAGAGAACGUUGAGCUUGAAAAAGUCAAAGUUGUACAUUAUUGUGCUGCUGGAUCAAAGCCAUGGAGGUACACAGGCAAAGAAGCUAACAUGGACAGAGAAGACAUCAAGAUGUUGGUUGCCAAAUGGUGGGCUAUAUACAAUGAUGAGACACUAGACUUUAAGGCUGAGAACUCUGCUCAAGAGGGAGAGACAUGCUCGAGGUUAUCUGUGAUGGCUUCUGUCCAAGACCAUGCAAUUUCUUAUGCUCCUGCACAUCUAACUGCUUAAGACUCGAUAGAAAGAAUAAUCUUGAGCUUUCGGAGUUGGUGUACUAAAAUUACUAGUACUUCUCCAAGACUACCCCACUAAUACUUUUUCUAAGAUAUAUGUUCUUACUAUGGGUAUGAGGCUUCACAAAAUGUAUAAAGAUCCUCGAUAUGUAAGUAUAGUUAAUCAUUGCUCAAAAUUUUAAUAGACCUACUACUAUAUCUCAAUUUA